CCCUAUGUGAGCCUCCACUAGUUCCGGGCGGCUCGGAUGAUUGACAGGUGCUCAGGACGGCACCACACCCUGCACGGCGGCCAUAUUGGAGGGAAGGCCGGUAUAGCCACCUGAGCUGGCUGGAACUGUCGUCGAAAAACAUCGUGUGUUGCCUCUCUGAGGAAUUUCUGAGCCUGAUAUUUUGUGUUUGAAGUGGAGCUUACCAGAAGCGACGUCGCGCGCCAAGCGGAUAUUUUGCACCCGAACGGACGACAAGGAUUUCUGACAGGAUUUUCCAUUGGGACAGUGCUCUAAAAAACCACCGAGAUGCCGAAAACAGUGAAUGUACGAGUCACGACGAUGGACGCCGAGCUGGAGUUUGCCAUCCAGACAAACACCACCGGCAAACAGCUCUUCGACCAGGUUGUGAAGACCAUUGGUCUGCGAGAGAUCUGGUUCUUCGGUCUGCAGUACAUGGACAGCAAGGGCUACCACACCUGGCUCAAGCUCAACAAAAAGGUGAUGUCCCAGGAUGUGCGUAAGGAGAACCCGCUACAGUUCAAGUUCAGGGCCAAGUUCUACCCUGAAGACGUGUCCGAGGAGCUCAUCCAGGAAAUCACACAGCGCCUGUUUUUCUUGCAAGUGAAGGAUGCGAUCCUGACUGAUGAAGUGUACUGUCCACCGGAGACCUCUGUGCUGCUGGCGUCCUACGCUGUCCAGGCCAAGUACGGAGACCACAACAAGGAAGUCCACAAGGCGGGCUUCCUCGCUAACGACAGACUCCUACCUCAGAGAGUAAUUGACCAGCACAAGAUGACACGAGAGCAGUGGGAGGAGAGGAUAACCAACUGGUACGCCGAGCACAACGGCAUGCUGAGGGAGGACGCCAUGAUGGAGUACCUGAAGAUUGCGCAGGACCUGGAGAUGUACGGAGUCAACUACUUCGAGAUCAAGAACAAGAAGGGCACCCAGCUGUGGCUCGGCGUCGACGCGCUCGGACUCAACAUCUACGAGUAUGACGACAAGGCUGGGGACGCCGGCAAGUCAUCGCCGGCGACUGCUGGCAAAAGCAUGGCAAACUUGCUGACCCCAAAGAUUGGCUUCCCCUGGAGCGAGAUCAGGAACAUCUCCUUUAACGACAAGAAGUUUGUCAUCAAACCCAUCGAUAAGAAGGCUCCGAAAGGCAUCAGUAGGUUACUCCAACGAACAGACUCGAAGGACUUCCAGUUCUUUGCGCCGAGGCUGCGGAUCAACAAGCGUAUCCUGGCGCUGUGCAUGGGGAACCACGAGCUGUACAUGCGCAGGAGAAAGGCAGACACCAUCGAGGUGCAGCAGAUGAAGGCUCAGGCUCGCGAGGAGAAGCACCAGAAACAGAUGGAGAGGGCUGAGUUGGCACGUCAGAAGACCCUGCGUGAGAGGGAAGAGAGGCAGCGUCUGGAGUUGGAGGAGCGACUCAAGAGGUUUGAGGAGGAGGCUCGUCAGCGACAGCUCGAGCUGGAAAACAUGCAGACAGCGACCCACAAAAUGAUGGAAGAAAAGAGCCGUGCAGAGGAGGAGGCCCGUGUUCUGGAGCGGAAACGUAUCGAGGCUGAGCAGGAGAGGGCUCGUCUGGAGGAACUGGCAUCGAGGGAGGCCGCGGAGAAGGAAGAAAUCGCGCGGAUGCAGGCUGCGCUGGAGGAAGAGACGAGGCGUCUGGAGCAGGAACGUCUGGAGAAGGAGGAGGACUCCAAGAAAUGGCAGGCUGAGUAUCAUAAAGCAGUAGAGGAGCAAAGAGCUACCCAGGAAAAGAUGCUGCUCCUAGCCAAGGAUCACCAACAGCAACUAGCAAAUAGGAACGUCCAUUUCCAGAGGGCGAUCGAAGAACAGCAGGAGUUGGAGAAGAAGCUGGUGGAGGCGACACAGACGUCGACAGCGCUGCACGUGGCCGAGCACGAGGAGGGAGAGGAGAACUACACCAGCCUGGACCUGGAGAACAACAAGGACAUCACCAACGCUGGCUCCGAGGAGGACCGAGUCACCUUCGCUGACAAGAACAAGAUGAUGAAGGACAAGCUCAAGGAGUUGGGGAAGGAGCUGGAGAUCGCGAAGGACGAGAACAAGCUGACGCGCAACGAUCAGCUGAACGCCGAGAACGUCAAGGCCGGGCGCGACAAGUACAAGACGCUGAAGCUCAUCCGACAGGGAAACACCAAGCAGAGAAUCGACGAGUUCGAGGCUUUGUAAAAUUGUAGAUAACGAAUCAGUAGAUAUGGUGGGUCCAUGGGGAAAAUACAAAUCUUAACCAAGCACACACCGACGCAUUUGUAUAGAGAUCACCACCGCUUUCUUUCAAAGGGAAGUUCUCUGGCGCAAGAAGAAGGGAAGUUAUGAUGUUACCACCAUUGUACUUCACGACAAACAUAAGAUGGCUGUUAGGGUAACGUUCUUCUUAAGACGAGGUUUAAGAAGACAAGGUUAAGGAAAAGUAAAGUCUUGAAGGAAGUAAGACUGCCGUGUGGUCGCCAUGUUUGCCCGCUUUCCAUCAAAACCAUGUAGGGGAAAUAAGGCAAGGGGCCAAAUGCAUUAUGGGCUAGGUGUAUGCAAAUGAGGGAAUGGAGCAAAAUUCAGAAAAAUCUACUAGUGCUGCCUUGAUUCUUUUCCAUAAUGAUGAUAUCUGUGAUGAUGAAUAUAGAUACAGCAUUUUGAAGCUGUGCUACUAAAUAAAGUAACAAUAGAAUGUUGUACAACUUGAGUCUUAGAGAGAUACUUAAAGAAACUGUGAUUUAGAAGGACUAAGUCUAUUGAGAGGAUUGUUUGCUAUAUUCUUUAUAUAUUCCUAGCUUGUUGAUUUUCCUGUUUGACUAUCUGAACAGACUAUGAUAACAGACGGAUGAGGAUAUAUUUGCUGUAAGUUUAGAGUAUGUUUCUGGGCGCAGUGUGUAUAAAUUAGCAUCAUUCUAUUAGUCCAUCCUCUGUUGCCUCUAUCCUCAAUUUACUUUUGUAAGCUAAUCAAUGAAAUAAUGUCGUUUCUUGAUAGUAGAGUCGCUUGAUAAUGAUGAUUUGGUUCCUCUGUAGCAGUGAGGUUUACAUAUAUUUUCCUGUAGCUAGGCCCUUCUCCGUUUUGUACCGACACACAUACAGUUUUCUCUCUCCUUGUAGGGGUGAAUCUUGUAGAGCAGGGGGAAAAGGUGUGUAGAAAAACUAUUGCCAGCCUUGCUGUGUGAUGUGAACUGUGCAUAUGUAUAGCAGGCUGGUUACGCUGGGAAGAAGGAGCACAACAUGCCUUAUGUCAAUCAAUCACAAGCCGUCUCUACCAGACCUGUUGAUGGACGGAAGAAGAAAUGGUAGAAAUUGGACAGAGUAGAGGACUUUGCCGGCCAUUGGAGUCCAUUGGUUGACCACCGUUGGUUGCAAAUGGUAACUCUAUGACCAGCUAACUCUUCUGGCCAAUUCCUGCUAUUUUCCCGGCGACCCACAGAAUCUGGUAGAGACUUACACUCACAAGUUGGUGUUGGUGUGGUAAGGAAUGAUCCUCUGUACUUAUCACUGCUUGGAGCCAUUUUACAGCGCAGCCUAGUCUUGUACGGGGGUGAGGCCCAUUUCCACUGGGCGGAGACCACUGGGCAACCAAUGAUCAGACAAGAAAUCAUAGCACAAUCUUUUGGAAGAUCUUACAGGGCAGUGAGAGGUCUCAAAAUGACCUUUGAAGACCGUGGAGAUCAUUAAAAGAUCAUUGGAAAACCCUCUGGGUCAUUGAAAGAGCAUUGAGAUCAUUGGAAGAUGGAUGUCAUUGAAAGAUGACAGAUCAGUUGAAGACCUGCUAAGUGACUGAAAGAUUGCAAAGAUCAUUUUAAGACAUUGGAGAUUAUUCAAAGAUCAUUGGAAUACCUUUGAGCUCUCACCAAAAGAUCGUUGGAUGCUCAGCGGGUGCUCGACGGUCUUGCCCGGUUGGAAUACCAACCGCUGGAGGCGAGGUUGAUUGUUACAUUCUUGUACUUACCAGGUUCCCGUUUGGACAUGCUACUCCGUGGCGUGAGCUGCGGCAGAAGCCUGCCAGGAGUGUGUUCUGAUUGGUUGGACCUGAUGAGGAAAACUUCGAGUAGCGGUUUGUGUAUGAGGGGAGGCCGUUAGGAAUGAGAUGUGUUGUUGUUGUUGUUGUUGUUGUUCGGAUAAAACCCCACAUUUCUGAAUGGGACCAAAUGUGGCUGAUUGAGUAAAAUGGCUCCUUACUGAAUAAGUUACUGUGAAACAAUGUUUUUGUGCAUCUUUGUACCUAAGCUAAGUGAUUCUGUAGCACCAGAAAGGCUUGAUCAACGUUUAGUUGUUGUCGAAAGCACAAGAAACAGCAAAGGAUCGUUUUGACUGUAAUCGCAAAAGAUAAUUCUUUGGUGCUGCCUUUUGUCCAAGUACCAAGCAAAAUAAGUGAUUAUCACAACUUGUGUUCACAUACAUUGUAUUCCUUCCUCAUAUAGCUACAGUAGAUAUUUCUUUGUGCACUCUUAUUAGAAUACUUUUGUCUCUUGAGUUAUUUAAAGGUCUAGUUGAUAUGGAAGAAUGAAGAAAAGUAUUAAAAGCACUCACUACUUAACUACAUUGUACGUCUGCAAGAGGAUAAUUCUGAUGUUUUCUAGGUAGCGUAUUUUUGGAUCAUUGCACAUGUAUCCAUCGGUUGGGGUAAUAAAAGAAUCCUUCUGAUUGUA